UGCUGCCCCUGCUGCUCCUGCUGAACCCAGGCACCGAGGCCGAAGAGGCUGUGAUCCAGCUGUCCUUAUGGAUAUUUUUAUUAUCAUCAUUCAACAUGUAGAAAGAACGUGUAAUCUAUUGAGUCGAUUUACAUAGAUAAUUCACAAUCAUGAACCUAAUCUGGAUCUUAAACCUGCUAAUUGCCAACUAAUGUAAUUAAAUGUGUUAUAUUUUUAAUAUUUUGUCAUGUUUAGAUUAUUACGUGUUUCAAAGGCAUCUGUGUAUUGUGUACAUAACAGAGCGCAGUACGAGUUAAAAUUGUAAUUUCCAAUAGUGACAAGCAAUAUUUAUGUGCUUUACUAAAUUUACACAAGCACAGAUUUUGUUAGUAGCUACGAAAAGAUCGGAGCUACUAAAAUAUUGAUGAAUGCGGACAUGCACUUAAAUUUCCGUCUGCCAACAGUUUACACACAAAUUCCUUCUGCUCACGUUUCAUGAAUGUGUUUUCAGGUUGUCCGUCUGUUCUUAUGUCUGUUCGUCUGUCCAUCUGUCCGUCUCACAUGAUUUCAAGCGCCUUGAGGGAAUUUCUUCAAAUUUGACACAAACAUCCACUAAAGUGAUCACAUUUAUAUCCAAAAGGUCAAAGGUCAACUUCAUUGUGACCUCAUAAUGUUUCUAAAAACACCUUUCUGUCCAUAACGUCAUAUCUCAGGAACAGAAUUUCGUCAGACAUUUGGUCAGAUAAUGAAUUUGUGACCCACCUUCAAACUGUGCUGAUUGUAUAGAUCUUCUGUGUGUGAAGCCUCCAUGUUUUCACUGACAUGGAUGGAGACUGUCAGAGACACUGGGCUGGUUGACGGAGGCAUAUAACCGUGAGGUGGUAAUUCUAGUUUUAUUUUAUCAAUGCUCCGAGAUUCAUAUCAGGAGAUCACUGUCGCUAAGCGUAGGUUGUCCCCUCUGUCAGUCAGAAGAUACCUGUGCUCUUUAUCAUUCAAGGAAAACAUCCUGUAUAUCUAACAUCUCCUCUACACUUUAGAUAAACUCACUGCCUCUGUACAUCUGAGGAGUCUCAGCCUGAAGGUUCCCAAAAAUUCAGAACAGCCCAAAAUCAUCUGACUGAAGUGGAGCUCUUUCAGACCAGGACCGGGGUCAUGCUGCUUAGACCUGAGACCCGCUCCAUGACCACCGGGGAACUUGAUGAGACCCUCAGACUCCCAUCAGCCUGGACUCUGCUGGUGUGAUGAGCCUGAGAGCCUCCCGUGUUUCCUGUGACGCAGGACAGCCGCGCCGCGCCGCACCGCGCACUUCGGAGAGCUCCGAGAAGCGGAGGAGAGAAAAAAAGCGCGUCCAUCACUUCGGUCUUCUGUGACCACUCGACCCUGACGUGAAGAUGUAUUUUACUGUGGUGAGCACCUCGACACACUGAUCUGAGAGCUGUGUGUGGGAGGAGAGGAACCCGGGCUCCGGAGCGUCAUCCUCAGGCUGAGCAGCGAGAGGGAGUCGAACCGACACCUGCAGGUGAUCCGGAGCGGCACAAAGCUGCUGUUUGGAGGAAUUUACCGCUUCUCAUCCAGGAUCAGGAACAGAUCGGGAACAGAUCGGGAACAGAUCUGCUCCGGAACUGCGGGAACAGAUAAAAGUGGAUUUAAUUGAUUUUUUCUCCUGCUGGUUGGUGGAUGCUGAUGAGGAGCCGGAUCGAGUCCCCGCGGAGGAAUUUAGAGCAAAAUGUUUGUGUGAUGUGACAAACAGCUGGAGACAGAAAACAUCUGUCUGACCUGUGACACCGAGAGGAAACACCUGCUCCUGCUGCGGAGAGGAAAGGUUUCAGGAAGAAUGUGAAACUGGAGCUGCUGAGACCCUGAAGCUCCGUGUCCUCCUCUGCAGACAGCGAUGUCCGACACAGGAAGCAGUACUGCAGGAACACCUCGGGGUCAGCGUUCGUAGGUGGGACUGCCCGCCGUGGUUGGCCCUGCCCUGGGUGACGGGGGACUCCAUGGUCUGGCUCGACCCGUCCUCGCCACACCCGCCUGCACCGCCACCGCAGCCACCUGCCUGUUGAUUGUGCGUCCGUAUCACCUCUCACUUCCCCUGCAGAUCCACUCACCUCAACAUGGCGAGGGGUCAGAAGCCCCCGGGCGUCACCGGCCACUGCGUCCUCUCUCUGCUGAUGCUUAAGAGCUGCUGGCUGCUUGGCUCCGCUGCCCAAAAGCCCGCCAUGCUGUCGGACUCCCAGCAGCCCCAGCAGGAGUAUGCCCACUCCAUCCGGCUGGAUGGUGACAUCAUCCUGGGCGGCUUGUUCCCAGUGCACUCUCGUGGUGAGAGGGGUGUCCCCUGUGGUGAACUGAAGAAGGAGAAGGGCAUUCACCGGCUGGAGGCCAUGUUGUUCGCCAUCGACCUCAUCAACAAGGACCCGGAGCUGCUGCCUAACGUGACACUUGGGGCGCGCAUCUUGGACACGUGCUCACGUGACACCUACGCCCUGGAGCAGUCGCUCACAUUCGUCCAGGCACUCAUCGAGAGGGACGGCUCAGACGUCCGCUGUGCUAACGGAGAUCCGCCCAUCUUUGCCAAGCCGGAUAAAGUGGUGGGCGUCAUCGGGGCGUCGGCCAGCUCGGUGUCGAUCAUGGUGGCCAACAUCCUGCGACUUUUCAAGAUCCCUCAGAUCAGCUACGCCUCGACGGCUCCAGAGCUCAGCGACAACACUCGCUAUGACUUCUUCUCCCGCGUGGUUCCUCCAGACUCCUACCAGGCUCAGGCCAUGCUGGACAUCGUCACGGCGAUGGGCUGGAACUACGUGUCCACGCUCGCCUCUGAGGGAAACUACGGCGAGAGUGGCGUGGAGGCCUUCGUCCAGAUCUCCAGAGAUUCAGGUGGGGUUUGCAUCGCUCAGUCUCUGAAGAUUCCUCGGGAGCCGAGACCCUUAGAGUUUGACAAGAUCGUCUUGCGUCUGCUGGAGACGCCCAAUGCCCGCGCUGUCAUCAUGUUCGCAAACGAGGACGACAUCAGGCGAAUUCUCGAUGCAGCAAAACGCAACAACCUGACGGGUCACUUCCUGUGGGUGGGCUCUGACAGCUGGGGCUCCAAGAUCUCUCCGGUGGUCCAGCAGGAGCGGGUGGCCGAGGGCGCCAUCACCAUCCUCCCCAAGAGGGCGUCUGUGGACGCGUUCGACCGUUACUUCAAGAGCCGCUCGCUGUCCAACAACCGCAGGAACGUCUGGUUCGCCGAGUUCUGGGAGGAGAACUUUGUCUGCAAGCUGGGGAUGCACGGCAAGAGGCCAGGCAGCCCCAAGAAAUGUACAGGAUUGGAGAAAGUCGGCCGUGACUCCACCUACGAGCAGGAGGGGAAGGUUCAGUUUGUGAUGGACGCCGUGUAUGCCAUGGCCCACGCUCUGCACCACAUGCACCGCGAGCUCUGCGCCGGAUACCCCGGCCUCUGCCCGCGCAUGGCCAACAUCGACGGCAAGGAGCUGCUGGCCCACAUCCGUGCUGUUAGCUUCAACGGAAGUGCCGGAACUCCAGUCAUUUUCAACGAGAAUGGCGAUGCUCCUGGACGCUACGACAUCUUCCAAUAUCAGAUCAACAACAGGUCAAUGGCAGAGUACAAGGUCAUUGGACACUGGACCAAUCAGCUGCAUCUAAACAUGGAGGCCCUGCAGUGGACUGCCGGCGACUCCUCCCUGCCGGCCUCAGUGUGCAGCCUGCCGUGCCGGACCGGCGAGAGGAAGAAGGUGGUGAAGGGCGUCCCGUGUUGCUGGCACUGUGAGCGCUGCGAGGGAUACCACUUCCAGGCCAGCGAGUUCACCUGCGAGCUCUGCCCCUACGAGAAGAGACCCGACCAGAACCGCACGAGCUGCCAGCCCAUCCCCAUCAUCAAGCUGGAGUGGCACUCGCCCUGGGCACUGAUACCCGUCUUCAUCUCCGUCCUGGGCAUCAUCGCCACUACCUUUGUCAUUGUCACCUUUGUCCGCUACAAUGACACGCCCAUUGUUCGCGCAUCAGGACGGGAGAUGAGCUAUGUGCUGCUGACGGGCAUCUUCCUGUGUUACAUCAUCACUUUCCCCAUGAUCGCUGCGCCGGAUGUGGUCGUCUGCUCCUUCCGCCGCAUCUUCCUAGGCCUCGGCAUGUGCUUCAGCUACGCCGCACUGCUUACCAAGACCAACCGCAUCCACCGCAUCUUCGAGCAGGGCAAGAAGGCAGUGACGGCGCCACGCUUCAUCUCACCAGCCUCCCAGCUGGUCAUCACCUUCUCUCUGAUCUCAGUCCAGCUGCUCGGUGUCCUUAUCUGGUUCGCCGCCGACCCACCGCACACCUUUGUGGACUAUGGUGAGCAGCGCACGCAGGAUCCCUGGAACGCUCGCGGCGUCCUCAAGUGUGACAUCUCCGACCUGUCGCUCAUCUGCUCUCUGGGAUACAGCAUCCUCUUGAUGGUCACAUGCACUGUUUACGCCAUCAAGACGCGUGGCGUGCCAGAGACCUUCAAUGAGGCCAAACCCAUUGGAUUUACUAUGUACACGACCUGCAUCAUCUGGCUCGCCUUCAUCCCCAUCUUCUUUGGCACGGCACAGUCAGCGGAGCGGAUGUACAUCCAGACGGCCACACUGACCGUUUCCCUGAGCCUCAGCGCCUCUGUCUCUCUGGGCAUGCUCUACAUGCCAAAGGUCUACAUCAUCAUCUUCCACCCCGAGCAGAAUGUCCCCAAACGCAAGCGCAGCUUCAAGGCCAUCGUCACUGCUGCCACAAUGACCAGCAAGCUGUCCCAGCUGGCGGCCGAGCGGCCCAACGGCGAGGUGAAGACGGAGCUAUGCGAGGGCGUGGAGGCCAGUGUGCCGCCAACAAAAACCACCUACGUCAGCUACACCAACCACGCCAUGUGAAGAAACCACGCCUUCGACACAAGGACGUCCCAGGACAUUUAAAGAAGCAGAUUUCUGUCAGACGUCACCACGAGGUGCUCUGAACAAUCUGAAGGAUCCGAAUGACUGACAAACUGAACCAACAACAUCUGUGGUGUUUUUUAUGUUUACAGACAGCAGGGAACGGGCCUGAACGGCGCCCAAAACCUGACAGGAUCACAACUGAAAACCAUCCGAGAGACCGUGAGGAAGCAGGAGGAGGAUGGUAAUCCUAAAGACAAAAAAAAAAAAAAUUAUAAAAAAAAAUUAAACAAGUCUUCUAAAUGAAAUACAAAAAAGAAAUUGUUGGGACCAACCAUAUUUGUUGUUAUUCUAAUUGUGCGUUGAAAAAAAACAAACAAAAAAAACUUGUGGUUGUGAAAAUUUCUGGUUCUUGUCUCAUGUCGUCCGUCCGUCGACCUGCAUUAUGAGACGAGUCCGUCGCUGUUUUCGGCUAACUGAACGGUAGCUUUUGGUUGUGAAAUGUCUAAAUGCCAUGGUUGAAUUGAAGCAUGCCCGUUUUUUAUACAAAUGAUCUAUUUAUAAUAAAGGAAUGUU